AUGAUAGCCAAUCUGCGGUACCUGACUGGCAGUGUAGUUCGGAGAGUCCUAUGCCAUUGUGAUCUACAGCAGGAAUCCAGUGGCAUAACAGGAAUUUUGAAUUGGGUGAAAUUGAUAGACAAUUUUGAUGGAGAAUAUGAUUAUGUGACAAAUGAAGGGACAGUUUUCACCUUCAAGACAAAUCUUCAUUCUCCUAACUAUCGGCUAAUCAAUAUUGACUUCAAGGAUGCAGAUGAAUCCAAGUGGAAGGUACUUGUUCCUGAACAUGAAAAUGAUGUUCUUGAAUGGGUAGCUUGUGUCAGGUCUAACUUUUUGGUGUUGUCCUACCUCCAUGAUGUAAAAAACAUCAUUCAGCUGCAUGAUCUUGCCACUGGUUCCCUCCUCAAGACGUUUCCACUAGAGUUUGGCAACAUUGUGGGAUAGAGUGGCCAAAAGAAAGACAUUGAAAUCUUCUAUCAGUUUACUUCUUUCUUAUCUCCAGGUAUUAUUUAUCACUAUGAUCUUACCAGAGAAGAGUUAGAGCCCAGAGUUUUCCGAGAGGUGACUGUGAAAGGAAUUGAUGCUUCUGAUUAUCAAACCGUUCAGGUGUUCUACCCCAGCAGAAAUGGCACAAAGAUCCCUGUAUUCAUUGUCCAUAAGAAAGGAAUUAAAUUAGAUGGUUCUCAUCCUGCUUUCCUGUAUGGCUAUGGAGCCUUCAAUAUAUCAAUUACACCAAGCUACAGUGUAUCCAGGCUUAUUUUUGUGAGGCAGGGUGGUGUGCUAGCAGUAGCUAACAUUAGAAAAGGGGGUGAAUAUGGAGAGACCUGGCACAAAGGUGGUAUCCUGGGCAAUAAGCAAAACUGUUUCGAUGACUUUCAAUGUGCUGCUGAGAAUCUUAUAAUAGAAGGUUAUACUUCACCAAAGAGAUUGACUAUUAAUAGAGGCCCAAAUGGAGGACUUUUAGUGGCUGCUUGUGCAAAUCAACACCCUGGCCUCUUUGGUUAUGUCAUUGCCCAAGUUGGAGUAAUGGACAUGCUAAAGUUUCAUAAGUAUACCAUUGGCCAUGCCUGGACCACUGACUAUGGUUGUUCUGAUAGGAAAGAACACUUUGAAUGGCUUAGCAAUUACUCUCAGUUACAUAACAUCAGGUUACCUGAUGGGGAUGGAGUCCAGUAUCCCUCCAUGUUACUUCUCACUGCAGAUCAUGACGACCACGUGGUACACCUUCACUCCCUGAAGUUCAUUGCCACCCUACAGUACGUUAUAGGCCGAAGCCGAAAGCAGACCAACCCUCUGCUCAUACACAUUGAUACCAAGGCAGGCCACAGAGCAGGGAAGCCCACUGCGAAAGUGAUCAAGGAAGUUUCCAAUAUGUUUGCACUUAUAGCACGGUGCUUAAAUAUCAAUUGGAUUGAAUAA